CGAUCCUAUCGGACAUAUUUCAUGAAACACAGGAACGAUUAAAGGAGAACAUAUUUGUUUACAUAGAUCCGAAGUUUAAAUGUUUUCAGUUUCUCAGACAUCUUCUGGUUUCGAAAUUAGCCAGGGCCAUUUUACUAUUUAAUAACUUAGAAACAGUGAAAACCCAUUAAAUUGUCUUGUUUAGUUAGCUCUCUGGAGCAGGUUUUCCGCUUGUUACGAGGGUAGCUAGCUAGCUAGCAGCAAUCAAUCGCUUGCUAUACAUUUCACGAUGGACGACAGACUAUGAAAUUUGACCUCCGAUGUUAUAAACAAAUUGAAAGGUAGUUAUUGCAGUUUUACAAAAAUGGAUAUCAGUCUAACAAUUUCCCUAAUGCGGGGCCAGAUGGGUACCGUGAUAGAGAGAGCGGUUAGUGCCGCUGUUGAGACUGUGUUGGGGGAGAUGCUUAGAGUCGUCGGCAUUAAAUUUGACGAGCUGAAGAGGGAGGUAGUUGCUAAAGAGAAAGAGGCGGAGAACAUAAGACAGAUGUUGGAGAUAUCCCGAUCUCAGAUGAAGACUAUGCGGAAACACAUGAAUGCUCUGGGUGAGAACGCCCACGCUGCCACUUAUCAGACCUACCGGACAGCAUUCGGCCAUUCUGAUCCCCGCAGAAUUCACGGUUCCUCCGAGGCCGCACUAUCCUCGGGUUUACCACAGCCACCGAGAAGGAUGGUUACUAACAACAACCAAAUUCCCACUACAAAUGGAAACUUACAGCCAAGGAAUCGAGUCACCAUCACCCUACCCUCUGAGAAUAUGGUCAGGGCCACCCAGCCGUCUGAUAACUUGGUCAGGGUCACCCAACCCUCUGAUAACUUCGUCAGGGCCACCCAGCCGUCUGAUAACUUGGUCAGGGUCACCCAACCCUCUGAUAACUUGGUCAGGGUCACCCAACCCUCUGAUAACUUCGUCAGGGCCACCCAGCCGUCUGAUAACUUGGUCAGGGCCACCCAACCCUCUGAUAACUUGGUCAGGGCCACCCAACCCUCUGAUAACUUGGUCAGGGUCACCCAACCCUCUGAUAACUUGGUCAGGGCCACCCAACCCUCUGACAAUAUGGUAACCGUUAGGCCCACGUCAACAUCCUUUGACAGUCACGAUGAUCUGACAACUGUGAUCUCCCAGACUCUGGAGGAUCGGACAUUGACACCCACUAGUUCAUCAGAGCAUCUGGAACCUUUGAAAGAGGAGCACCCAGCCCCUCUAGACCCCGAGGUGUCUGAUGAGAGCCAGAGGAGGGAGGAGGAAGAAGAGUGGACCACCGUUACACAGCCACCAUCAGAGACCAGCACAGACCCUGGAGACCAGCUGGUCCUCUCCCCACCCAGGACUGACGGAGCAGACUGCUCUGCCAGGAGUGUACUGCCACUCUCCCAGCCACUUUCCCAGUUCCAAGUGAAAGAGGAGGAAGCUGAGGUGGAGAUCAUCUGUAUCAAACAGGAACCAGAGGAGGUGGAGACCCUGCUGAUAAACCUGGCUGCCGAAGGCUUCGACUCUCAGGGCAACCUUUUAGACAGGCAGACUCAGGGAAACCACCUCCUGGACAGUCACAGGACAAUCCCAGGCUCUCAGAGCCAGAGGGAUCGGAGAGCAUCCCGUCCACCACAGAACCAGAGGACCUUAGCAGAGAAUACACCCUUCACCUCAGCCGACUCUUGUUCAUAUGGGCUGUCCCAGGCAGUGAUGUCCACGUCAGGAGGAGUUGCUCCCAGGCCGAUGGUUCGUCCGUGGCCCAAGGACCUGAGUCUGUACGAGGAGUUUAAAAUGAGACGAACUGAGUUGAGGAGGAGGAACCAGACCCGUCAGAGAGAGAUGGAGAAAAACCUUCCCCAGCCUCUAUUAGCUGACCUGGUGAAGGAGAGACGGGAGAAGACCCGGCUCAGAGUGGCCCGCUGGAGAGCCAAGAGGAAGCUUCAGGCCUGCCUACUGACUCAGAUGAACCAGCAGACACAACACCAACAGACUGGACCGGGUCUGGGCCAAGGGAACAGUCUGAACAGUGGGCUGGGGAAUCAUAGCCAGAUUAGCCACCACACACAGCACAAAACCACAGGCCCGACUCAGACACAACAGAGGAACAGUGCUGCCGUCUCUCAAUCUCAGUACAAUAACAGUUUUCUGUACAACAGAAGUCACUGUGACUCUGGGGCUGGUAACAUUAACUACCCUUCUCUCCAGUUAAACUCCUCUUCUCUAAUGCUGGGGCAACACGGAGGACACAAUAUGGUGGAGCACAUUAUGCAGCCUGCGAUGACGUCAUCCUCACAGCAGGGCCUCUCCCUGACAGACUCUGAGCUCUACCAGUAACAAGGGAUCAUGGGUAUUCAAAUCUUACCCUACAAGUUCUGGAUUACUGCUGGUUUUCUGUUCUACCUGAUAAUGAAUUACACCCACCUGGUGUCCCAGGUCUAAAUCAGGCCCUGAUUAGAGUGGGAUCACCCACCUGGUGUCCCAGGUCUAAAUCAGGCCCUGAUUAGAGGGGGAUCACCCACCUGGUGUCCCAGGUC